AUGGAGGAAGACAGAGAGAAGGGGGUAGAGAGGCAGAGACAGAUAAAGAAGGUUGCAAGUUCUGAGACUUCAUCUCAGCAUGGAGGGAGUACUACCGGUAGCUCUAACGGAGCUGGUAAAGAACGACCAACAGCAGGUAGCGGAGCUGCUAGGAAAGAAAAUGUCUGCCAGGUCUGUGAGAGAACAGGUCAGUUGCUUCUCUGUGAGGGAGGAUGCUGUGGAGCCUUCCACCUGGACUGUAUAGGACUACAGGUGGCGCCAUCUGGCUCAUUCCGAUGCGAUGAAUGCAUAUCAGGUGUACAUUCUUGCUUUGUCUGCAAACAAUCUGACCAGGAGGUCAAGAGAUGUCAUGUCCCUGUCUGUGGUAAAUAUUAUCAUGAGGAUUGCAUCCGACGAUUCCCACUCACCAGGUUUGAUAAUCGUGGCUUCACCUGUCCUCUUCAUGCCUGCGUCGCAUGCUUUGCUGAUAACCCAAAGAGCACCAAAGCAUCAAGAGGUCGUUUGAUGCGUUGUGUCCGCUGCCCUACAGCCUACCAUCAGGGGGAUAUUUGCAUAGCGGCUGGGAGUAUCGUCUUGGCUGCAAACUCCCUUGUCUGUAGUCGUCAUUUUCAAGCAAUCAAAUCACAAAAGCACCAUACCCAUGUUAGUGUGAGCUGGUGUUUCACCUGUUCAUUGGGUGGUGAUCUGAUAUGCUGUGAGAGCUGCCCUGCUGCGUACCAUCCUAAAUGUCUAGGUUUAGAUUCUGUACCAGAAGGUAGUUGGUUCUGUAGAGACUGUGUCAACGGGAAGAGACCACGCUAUGGUGAUAUCAUCUGGGUCAAACUAGGCAACUACAGAUGGUGGCCUGGCCGUGUGUGCAACCCCAAGGAUGUCCCUCAGAACAUCCAAGACAAGACUCACAUUGUAGGAGAGUUUCCUGUACAGUUCUUUGGAUCCAAUGAUUACUUCUGGACCCAUCAAGGAAGAGUCUUUGAGUACCAGGAAGGUGACAAAGGAAGCAGGGAUACUGCUAACUCCAAGAGACUGGCUGCUCACUUUAGUCUAGCUUUGAAGGAAGCAUCACAGAAAUACAAAAUCUGGAAAGCAUCUAAAGAGCAGAAGAUUGCUAAAGAAAUAGAACACAGCAACAAGAAACCAGCGCCAUUCAAAUUCAUAAAGACGAAUCGACCUGUUGGUAAUGUAGUAAUGCCAGCGUUUGAUAUCACCCAAUGUCAAGCAUGUGAAUGUCGUCCUGAUAUGGAGAAUCCAUGUGGACCUGAUUCAGAUUGCCUCAAUAGAAUACUCCUCAUUGAAUGCCACCCACAGAUCUGUCCUGCCAAAGAGAAAUGCCAGAAUCAAAGAUUUCAGAAGAGAGCGUACCCUGAUGCAGUUCAGAUCAAGGUCAAUCAUAGAGGAUGGGGUCUCAUAUCUAUGGUUGAUAUAAAAAAGGGCGAUUUCGUCAACGAGUAUGUGGGUGAGUUGGUUGAUGAGGAAGAAUGCAGACGUCGGAUCAAGCAGGCCCAUGAGGAGAACAUCACAGACUUCUAUUUCCUAACCCUUGAUAAAGAUCGUAUCAUUGAUGCUGGUCCUAAGGGUAACCUAUCUAGGUUUAUGAACCAUUCAUGUCAACCUAACUGUGAGACUCAGAAAUGGACAGUGAAUGGAGACACGAGAGUUGGGCUCUUUGCAAUCAGGAAUAUUGCUGCAGGUGAGGAGAUAAGUUUCAACUAUAAUCUAGAUUGUCUUGGAAAUGAGAAGAAAAGAUGUGAAUGUGGUGCUCCAAACUGCAGUGGAUUCAUUGGGGUCAGACCUAAGACUGCUGCUGCAGCGGCUAUGGAGGAGAGAUCUAAACAAGCCAAAGACAAAAAGAAGAAACGGAAGAAGAACAAACUAGGUAUCCCCAAGGUCAAACAUGAGGAUUAUUGUUUCAGAUGUGGUGAAGGAGGAGAGCUUAUCAUGUGUGAUGUCAAGACAUGUCCUAAAGCAUAUCAUCUAGAUUGCUUAGGUCUACAGAAACAACCAUAUGGUAAAUGGCAGUGUCCUUGGCACCAUUGUGACGUUUGUGGUAAGGGUUCCGUCAAGCUAUGUGAAGUAUGCCCGAACUCCUACUGCAAGCUCCACUCAAGCAACACCACCGUCAUCAUCAACGACAAGGUCUUCUGUCAAGAGCAUGACCUGGAGGACAUUGAGAAGAUGGAGGAUGAGAAAGCUCGGCUGGCCCUACUCAAGAUGGAAGAAGAUCUCGCUAAGAUGAUGCAACAAGUCAAGGCUGAGGAGGAGAAGGCUGAGAAGAAGAAGAAACGACACAAACAUAAAAAGGAGUCCGGGGAUGAAAGUGAUAAAAAAUCAAAGGACAAAGACGAUAAGAAGGUGAAGAAGGAAGAUAAGUCUUCGGACGGAGAUGAAGUGGUUAAGAAAGAAAGAAAAAAGCAUAAGAGAGACAAAGGGGAUAGGGAUGAGAAACCAAAGGUUAAUGGUAUCCAUAGCGAUGAACCAGAAGUUAAAGUUGAGCCAGUGGAAAUUCAGCCUGCAGAACCAGAAAUAAGCUCAGAUCCUGUUGAUAGCGUGAGCCUGCUUACAUUUGAUGAUGACGACAGCGAAGCGGAACUGGUUAUCGAUGAAAGUGUGGUUGAGAAAAGGACAACGGAGAAGAAACCCAAAGUGGAGGAUAGUAUGGAGGUCUCGGGUGAUGCACAGGAAGGUUUGAGUCAUAAAAAGAAGAAAAAGAAAGAUAAGAAACACAAAAAGGACAAAGAAAACAAAAGAGACAAAAAAGAUAAAGAAAGGGAGAAGACCUCUAGAAGAGAGAAGAAACAUGAAGUAGCAAACACAGCACCUACAAUGGUCAAUGGUUCUCUAGAAAGUAAUUGAUGAAAUCAAAUUAUGUAUUGUGUUUUCUUCUCUCAGUAUUUUGGAUGUUGAAGAGGUAACCCCAAUUUUUUAAUUGUCUCAAUCAAUGCAUUAUUUUAACUAUUUUAUAGUUUGCUUGCCCUAAGACCCCUUCCCUAACCCCCUUCUCUCUUUCUCUGUCUUUCUCUCCAUAUCUCUUUCUUUGCCUUUUUCUUUCUCUAUCUCUCUUAUCCAGUUUUAGUUAUUAAGAUUGAACAUUUUUUGCUUAUUUCUUUAAAUUGUAUAUUUUGCAUUAAAAAGUUGCUUUUCUGUUUUAUAUUAUUAUUUUGGUCAUGUAUAUUCUAAUUUCCCACAUAUUCUUAGACCACGCUUUUUGCAACCUGCACCUCGACCCCUCCCCUAACUUGAUAAUAUCAUGGUGUGUUAGUGAUAUACUUUCUGUCACCCUUUGUAAUGAUGCCAAAUUCUGUUUGAAAUUGAAUGUCCAUUUCAAUAACAAGAUAAAAAGAUACAAAAAGUGUUUAUUGAAAGAUAAGUUUAAUAAUGUUUUAAAAUCGGAUAAAACUGGAAUGGAAUACAAUGAAAGUCAUAAAUGUGUAAUGGAGCAUAUGUGGUGAAAUAAUGUGGUGAAAUUAUAUCCAGAAUUAUGUCUACAUGUGCCAUGAUAUAUUGGCCUAUGUAGGAUUUCAUCAAGACUUAAUAUUUUUAAAUGAUUUUUUUUUUCAAAUUGAGGUAUCUAAGUGACACAUUUUGUGAAUUCAUUCCCUUUCCCAACAAAAUAGAAUGAAUGAAUAAAUAGAUUGAAUUAUAAACAUGGGUAAUUAUGAAUUCAGUUUAUAUCAUUAUGGUUGAACUAUACCAUCAAUUUCAUUUUCUGUUAAAUAGAAGUACAAUUAUUCAGCAAUUUUCAGUCAAUGAUUGUGAUUGAUCUAUAUUUGAAUACAGUGAUUGUUAAUCAUAUUCACAAUGGGAAUUAUGUGAAACAGACAUGAAUUGAUAGUUAUUAUUAUAUUCUGAAGAACUUUCAAACAAAGAAUGAAUUGAAGUAAUGGAUUAAAUCUGGUGAUGAUUUGGCAAAAUAUUUUAAAAAAAUCUUGAUUGUGCCGUUUUGUUUCUCGGACUUAAGAUUAGAAUAAUACCCCCCCCCCCCCAAAAAAAAAAAAAAAAUGCUGAUGAAUUGAACGUGAUACUCUUAAUAAUAUUAUUCCACUUCAAUAUUGUGCAUCAGAACAAUGUCUCUUGUCAUGUGACAGAUAAUGGUCUCAUGAUAAAUCUUUAAACUGGUUCUGGUGACUGGGGAAAAAAUUGUUUCCUUGUAUAUGAAUACUGGGGGCCAUUUCAAAAAACUUAUAACAAAUUGGCAAUUACAGUUAAAAGCUACUGAAAUCAUUCAUUUUGAUUGGCUGAUAAUCAACUUGUUAAAGAAGUUAUGCGUUUGUUAUUAUAAGAAGUGUUUGUGAAACAGGACCCUGGUUUUGUAUUGCCACAUGUAGGGGCAAUCGGUUCUAGCUGACAAAUAUGUACAGAUGCUGCGAUCUUUAAGACCUGAAAUUCUACUUUUCCCCCAUCUUUGAGUAUGGACGCAUUUAAGUUUGAUUGAAGUUAGUUUCUUUGCUCUUAUGAUCAAUGCAAUCAUGAUUUGAUAAAUUAUGAUGGGGAUUAUCACUGCCAGUAAUUUUUUUUUUUACAUCCUCGGAUAUCUGACAUGAUUGAUAUUUUGUAUACCAGUACCACUAAACAUGGUUACCAUUGGUUACCAUUGUACUCUAUUUUUUUUGUCCGUUUAUAUUUAGGUUGUCCAUCUGCUAUUCCUCUAUUCAUUUUCUGUUCCUUGUUUCUUACUUCCUUCCAUUUCUUUUCUUUUAAUGUUCUCCACUCCCCCCUUUCUUUUGCUAGCCUUUCAUCUUUAUUUUUCUUUGCACUAUCUCUCCAUCUUUCAUUUCCUCUUUUCUUUAUUCUUUCUUUACACUUUCCCUCCUUCCACUUAUUUCCUUCUCUUGUGCAUUCCAUGUUCUUUCCUAUUUCAUUUCCUCUUUCUCUUUCAGAUAUGUUUAUAAGAGCCCAGUGGUGAUAUAUCAUUGCAGGCUAGCACCCAAACAUCAUUCAGUUUCAGUUACUCUCAAGGUGUGGUAUGUCGGACAUACCUUUGUUACAAAUUUAUGAAAAAUUAAUUUUGAAGGAUGCAAUGUGAUCAUAAAUAUAUAUUGUUUUGUGUUUCUUUGCUUGUAUUUCAUGAGAACAACUUUAUUUUAAUGAUCCUCUGAUGCCAACUAAAUCUGAUCACGUCUUACAUGAUGAAUUCUAUUAUGUGUAUAAAACAUUCUGGGGGUGGUUUCACAAAGAGUUAAUAUUGAUUAGAAUUCAUGCCUAUUUACCAAUGAACACUUGAUUAAUAACUUUUUGUACUAAUUGUCUAAUGUUAAUGACUAAUUGAUAUAUAAUGAGCCAUACUGGUUGUGGCAUCAAAACGAGUUUUAAGUGCAUAACGUGGCUGCAUUUCACUAAAACCAAUUAAGUCCAGGUGUGUAUCCUGCAGGAUUAGACACAAUAGCAUUUUAGGGGCCAUAUUGUUUUUGCACUGUAGUCGGACUCUCAAAACUAUUAUGUCUAAUCUGUCUGGAUCAGUGCCUGAUUAAGUCACACGCAUUUCAGUUUUGCCCUAUAUUUUGCAAUAACAUGUAAAAUGUCACAAGAAUAUUAAUUUGUCUUCACUUGAAAUAAUAAAUGAAAUGAUUGCAAAAAUAAAAGAAAUAUGAUGUAGUCAGAUCACUGGACAUGUUUUAAAUGUGUAAAGCAAGAUAUCAAAACAAUUAUCUUUGUACCACUCUUCUGAUCUGAUAUUACUUGAUUGAGUGUUUAAGCUUGAACUCUUUAAAAUAAUUUCACAGUAGGGCCUAUAUGUCAAUAUACUUGCAUGAUUUUAUUUUUCACUAGUGUUUUCAGUCCAUCAUUUUACCAUUUCCAUCUCUACUUAAGCCAUUGCUCUGCGCACCAGGGUUCCAAAUAAAAGUCACUCUAGUAUGGUAACUGCUACGGUACACUUAAUUUUAAUUGGUGGCAGGGCCCUAUUGCCUUAGUAGUAACCGGAAUUGUAGUUACUAUAAAGUUACCUUAAUCGUAAAGUUACCAUAACUGCAAAGGAAGCCAGAAUUGUCAAUGUAAUAUUUAGAUUUCUCACCGUUGAUUUCCAUAUAUUUUGCGACGUGGUCAAGUCUGAAAUAAUUGUCCUAUUCCAUAAAGUAUGAAUGUCUGAUCCCCUUUAUGUGGGCCUUUCAUGAAGUAAUUUGUCUCUUUUCAUUCAUAUGAAAUCCCUUUCAAACUAUCAUGUCUCGAGCAGUUUGUAAUGUUUGAUUGGGCCAGCAAAAAGGUCAUUUAUUUUUAUAGAAUCAUCCACAAAGCUUAUCAGUAUCAAGUAAACAUUUAUUGUAAAUUUGCUGCAUAUGUAGAGAGGACUUACGUUGGAUAUGCCUCAGACUUUCUUUCAAGUAUUGUUGAGAAGAGGAUUUUCUUCAAUCAAAAUUUUUAUUUGGGGAGGGGGUCAAUCCAUUUACUGAUAUGAACACAGUCAAUGUGGAUCUGUAUUAAUGUACAUUGCAAUUUGCACUGCAGAUUGAAUUAGAAAACACUCUACAAUAUCCAAUUCAAAUUUCUAGGAAUAGGAUAUCUAUUAGAGACGCAUUGAAUGUGGAUUUGAUCUCAUAACAGAAUAAAAGUACCAGAAGUUUGUAUUUUCAAUUUGAAUUUGUCAAAGUUAUAAGAAUGUAUUUUUUAAAGACAUUGGAUAUCUAUGAGAUUUUCAUCAGCUGAGUCUUAUGGAUAUGCGUUUGUUCAUUGCUGAAGUUGUAAAUUUAUCUGUGAAAUAGCAUUGGUAUUUUAAUUGAGCCUUUUUUUUCUUGUAAUUUAUUGUUAGUAGAGAUUUAUGAUUCUUCUGCUUGCAAAGUUACCUGUUUGAAUCUUUGAAGGGGAUAGAGAGAAAUAAAUGACCAGUCAAAGAAUUUGUAUGGAAAAAAUUA